AUAACACAGAUGCAAAUGACAAUUUGAAUGAAAAUUUAUUCAAAAAAAAUAUUUUUGAAUCAAAUAAUAAUAAUAACACGCAAAACAAAAAUGAUAAUAAUAAUGAUAAUGGCAUUUGAAACAAUAACUAUCAAUAAUUAUAGCCAAUCCACAUUGAUAUCGCCACCAUCGAUAUCACCACCAAUACUACCAAUACCGCCAUCAAUUAGUCAAUCAUCAAUACAUGUAUCGGAUUUAAUUAUAUCAUCCAUCGAUAUUAUGCAACAACAACAACAACAAUCGUCAUCAUCAACCAUACUGCCAACAGAGAAUUUCAAUCAAUCAACAAUCAAUAUAAUUAAUAUUAAUGAUAAUGAUCAACAACAACAACUGCAACUAGAACAACAAAACGAAGAAGAACAACAACAAGAGGAACAACGAAAUUAUUCAACAUAUAAGGAAUUAGAAUUAUUAGAUAAACAAUGGCAAAUUAUAAUCAUAUUUUUAUAUACAUUAACAGCAGCAUUAGCAUUAUUCGGCAAUAUUCUAGCCAUUUGUGCAUUAUUAUUCGGCAGACGUGCUUCGAAAGAAUUACGAAUAUUUUUAGUCAAUCUAUCAAUGUCAGAUAUUAUGAUGGCAUUGUUUAGUAUACCAUUUACAUAUACCGAUUUCAUGUUAGGUCGCUGGAUAUUUGCCCCGGCAUUCUGUCCAAUUGUACAACAAAUGCAAAUGACUUGUGUCUUUGUCUCGGUUUAUACAUUAACGGCCAUCGGUAUUGAUCGCUAUAUGGCAAUAAUUUAUCCAUUAUAUUCUCAGCGUUAUAAUCAUUCAUUCGGUCCAAUAACCAUAUCGAUUAUAUGGUUGUUUGGUUUUCUAUUGGGUCUGUUUCAAUGGACGAAUACGAAAGCAACACCAUUUUUAAUAGCAAAUGAAACAAAUUAUGAUUGCAAAGAAAUAUCCAGUGAUCAUUCACAAUUUUUCACAAUCAUCAUAUUCAUCAUAACAUUUGCCUUACCAAUGACAAUAUUAUCAUUUACUUAUGCAUCGAUAGGUGUCAAAAUUUUCCGUCAUUCAGCUCCAGGUAAUGUUGAUGUUGUACGUGAUCGUAAUCAACAUGCAUCCAAAGUCAAGAUUAUGAAAAUGUUGGUUACAAUCGUAAUACUGUUUGUUGUUUGUUGGCUUCCAUUGCAUAUUCUAAAUUUGUUCAUCUAUUUUGCUCGUGAUUUAAUGGUCAAUGUUUAUAAUUCCCAACUUGGUUUUACAAUUUAUGUUUCGAUUGCAUUCACUGCACAUUGGUUUUCGAUGGCCAAUUCCUUUGUCAAUCCAAUUAUUUAUUGUUUUAUGAGUGAAAACUUUCGGGCUGAUCUUCGUGAUUUAUUUGCUGAAUGCUUGCAUCGUAUGACAAUCAUUUGCAAUCCAAUCGAUAGCCAAACUGAUCGUGAUCAACACAACCACCAUCACCAUCGUCAUCGUCGUCGUCAUGGCGGUGGUGGGGUUGUUAGUCAUUUUGUUAGUGUUAAUAAUGAAAGUAGAAUAAAUCACAAUAAUCAUAAUGAUAAUAAUCAUUGUAAUGCCAAUAUUCUACCUCCUCCAAAUAAUGAUCGUGAACAAUCCGAAUUAAAAAAUGAGCAUUUUAUUCUUGAAUCAAACACAACAAAUGUUUCUAAUGAUUGUCAUUUACAAUUAAUCGAGCUUAUUCAACAACCAAACACAUUUGAAACUUUUAAUGAUAAUGACAAUAACGGAGGUGAUGAUGGCAAUCACUGUAAUACUGUUGUUGGUAAAUAUAAAACAAGAUUAUUAUUGCAUAAUGAUCCUGUUGAUUCGACCAUAACUUGUAAUAAAUAUUUGACAAAAAAAUCAACAACAACAAUCGUUAUUGAUAAUGAUCAAGAUAAUCCAGUAACAACCACUCAAAUAAUCAAUAAAACUAUCAUUUCGAAUGCUGCUACUCUUCAUUCUACAUUCAUACCUGAAAAUGAAAAGUUUGAAAAACAGCAUCAACAACAACAACAAAAACAACGUCGAUUUCUAUCAUGGUGGUUAAUGAUGAUGAUGAUAGUAAAUCGUCGUCACCAUCAACGGAAUCACCAUCGAAUUCUUCAGCCCACAAUCCCACCAUCAUCAUCGUCGCUUAAAAAUGGAAUCAAACAUUCGAUGAAAAUGGAUCAAGCAACCACAAAAAAUUCAAUUCGAUUUUCCCAUCACCAACGACAACAACAAGAUCAUCCACUCAUUCAUCAUCAUCAUUGCAAUGAUCAAUGCCAAAAUGAAAAUGAAACAACAACCAAAACGAUAAAGGCGGAAAAGACGGACAAAAUUUGCUGAAAAAUGAUGUGAAUUCCACAAACGGCGACGACUCCGGUCCGAGAAUUUUGUUUAAAGCCCACCGAGAAAAAUGAUCAUCAUCAUCAUUAGCCGGAGCAGCACAAUGGAGAGAAUGUGGAAUAGAAUCUCCUGAUGCUUAUUACGACAAUCGUAACAAAAAUUUUUUACAAACACAAACAAACAGACCAAAAUCCUCCAUUCAACAAAUUCAUUCAUUCAUUCAUGGUGUAAUG